AUGUUUAAGAGAGACUACGCCUUUUCUAUGCAGCACGAACACGAGCUAGUCGCAUCUCGCCUAAAAUCGUGCGAUAAUCUCGACCUCGCAUCGCAGCUCCACUCUAGGGUUUUGAAUUUCCAGGGAGUGGAUCACAGCGGUUUUAGAUUCCUCUCAAAUCUCUUGAUCCAGCUUUAUGGGAGACUGGGAAGCCCCAACAGGGCACUCAAUGUCUUUCAUGGGAUCAUCUCCCCCAAUAUCUUCUCUUGGAGCCUUCUCAUCUUGGCAUUCAUCCACAACGCAUGGAUCAAAGAUGCCAAGAACGCGUUUGAUAGAAUGCCCGUCCGCGACGUUGUGGUGUGGAAUAUGCUUAUCACGGCAUUUGCCCAAACAGGGCAUCCAGAGUAUGCCCAGAACGCGUUUGAGCGGAUGGCCGGGCAUAGCGUGGUUUCGUGGACGACGAUCUUAGCAGGGUUUGUGCAAUCCGGGAGAUUCGAUGGAGCGAAGCGCGUCUUUGAUAUCAUGCCGCAGCGCAACGAGGUCGCCUGGAAUCUGGCCGUGACGGCGUGCGCCCAGGCCGGGCAUCUGCGCGAGGCGGAGGAAAUCCACGCCAGGAUGAGCUGCUGGAGCGUCGUCUCCUGGAACGAGAUGAUCAGCGCCUACGCCGGCCACGGCCAGGGCGAUCGAUCCAAGCGGCUGUUCGAUGCGAUCCCGGAGCGCAGCAGCGUGUCCUGGAACGCGAUCCUGGACGAUGGCGCUGCCGCGGGCUCGAUCGAGGAGGUGAGGGCCAGAUUCGAGAGAAUGCCGGCAAGGGACGUGAUCUCCUGGACGGCGCUGGCGGUGAAUCACGCUCGCCGCUCGCUGAUCGGCGACGCCAGGGAGAUCUUCGAUCGGAUGCCGCAGAGGAACAGCGUCGUGUGGAAUGCGAUCGCCACGGGCCACGCGGAUGCCGGCCAAGAACAAGAAGCGCUGGAAAUAUUUCGCCGGAUGCCCGUGUGGGAUGCCGUGUCCUGGACCACGACGAUCGAGGCGCUGGCGCGCGCUGGCCGGAUCGAGAGCGCGGCCGCGAUGUUCUUCCGCGAGGACACCCGAUCGAUGCUGUGCGUCUUCUCCUGGACUGCGAUGCUGCAAGGGUUUGCCGCCAUGGCGCGCCCGAGCGACGCGGCGGCGGUGUUUGAUCGAAUGCCCGCGCGGGAUCUAGUGUCCUGGAACGCGAUGGUGGGAGCGGCAGCGCAGAUCCCCGGCCUGAUCGAGAGGACGGUGGAGGAGCCAAGGAUUUCCACGGCGAUGGAGUAUUUCCAGCAAAUGCCCGAGAGAAAUUUCGUGUCGUGGCUGGUUCUUCUCGCCGGCCAUAGCCAGGGCCACGAUCAUCGCCAAGCGCGCGAGAUCUUCGAUCGAAUGCCCCAGCGCGACGCCGUCUCCUCCACCGCGAUGCUCACGGCCUACGGCCAGGCAGGGCACCUGGACGCCGCGCAAGAGAUCUUCUACCGCUGCCCCGAUCGCGACUUCUUCGUGUGGAACGCGAUCAUCGCCGCCAGCGCCCGCGCCGGCGAUGCCGCUGGAUCGCUCCACCUCUUCCACCGGAUGAAGCUCCAGGGCGAGAGGAUCGACGAGAUUUGCUUCCUGAGCGUCCUGGCGGCGUGCAGCCACAGCGGAUUGGUGAGCGAGGGCCGCGAGUUCUUCGCGUCGAUGAUCCAGGACUUCGCGAUCGAGGCCAGGGGCGAGCAUUUCUACUGCCUGGUGGAUCUGCUGGGGCGGGCAGGGCGGCUGGCCGAUGCCGAUGAUCUGAUCGACAGCAUGCCCUUCGUGCCGGACGAGACCGCCUGGAAAUCGCUCCUCAGCGCUUACAAUCUAAUCCCAGAUGGAUCGCACAGGGCCAGCAAACGUUUUUAG